AUUCGAAAUCUGUAUCUGAAAUUUAUUUCUGAAUUUGAACUUCCAUGCUAAUAUAAACAUAUUUAAGGCUAUUAUUUUCUCGCAUCUCUUUCAGUAUAAAGUCAUGGAGAGUGACGAACAGAUUGAAAGUAAACCGAAUAAAACAGAAAAGUCGUCAGAAAAAUCAGGCCGGUCAAGAAGAAAAAGUAAAGAUGGCAGGUCUAGAACAAGAAGUGAACAUUCUAGAAGAACAAGAAAGUCUGCGGAGGAUUACACCAAUCAAGGAACCAGAUCAAGACAUGAAUCUGAACCUGAUAAAAGUUCUCGCAGAUCCAAAUCUAAGAGAUCUCGCAGGUCAGACUCUAAAAAUGAACGGAAAAUGAUUGUGCCAGAAGAAGAAGCUGAUAGAUCCCACAAAAGUCGUGAAAACUUAACCAAGUCUCAUAGGUCAGAGCACUAUGUCCGUAACUCUGACAGAUUACACGAAUCAGAACGAUCAAAAUCAAGAAAAAGGUCAGAAAGAUCGCACAGACCAAAAUCAAAGGACGAGUCCGGAGGGGUUGAAAAUUCAGAGCGGUCAAAAAAGUCGAAAGAAAGAAGAGAACAGUCAGGAACUUCAAAAUCAAAGGAGAGGUCAGAGGGACCACAUAAAUCAAGAUCAAAAAUGGAAUCAUCAGACAAGAGCCGAUCAAAAAGACAUUCAGAUAAAGAGAGGGAAAGUAAAAAUAAUACUGAGAAGAGAUCUAGAAGAUCCUCUAAAUCUAAAGAAGCAUCUUCAAAAGAAAACAAGUCAGCAGCAGUAAAACAUAGAUCGGUGAAACAAUCAAGUGACCACUUCAGUAAAGAUGACGGGGGAAAGAUAUCAGAAAGAGAUCGAGAUUCAAAGCGUAAACACGGAGUUCCCAGAGGAGGAAAGCAGAGGAAAAUUAAUCCUGAAGAUGCUACGGAAGCAGAGAGAAGAGAAAAUAUUUAUGACGAAGAGGAGAAAACGGCAAGUGAGGAUGAACUCACAAAAACACCAUCACUCAAGGUUCUAAACACAAAGGGUCUAAAACCAACCAAACAGGCAGAAGUAAUACCUCUAAAAAUGGAAAUAGAUCUAAAUACAAUUAAUUUACUAAAGAGAGAAGAAGAAACACGGUCACCUGAUACACAGUACGCUCUACAGAGGAGGAAACUUCUACAGGACAAACAUUUGGUACUUCCUGAGUCAACUGAAAAUACUAUUUUCAAAAGGUUCGAAGCAGCAUUGCAUCAAGAUGACAUACCCACUUACAAGGUCACGAAGAUAGAAACGAAGCCUGGUGAUCCAAAUCUGUCCAACACUAUGAACAGGGUAAAAGUGAGAUACCAUAACAUGCUGACACCCCCUAAAAGAGAAAGAGAAAGAGAAAGAGAUAUAACCCAACCUACAGUUGAGCAGAUUACAGGGCUGAUCCCGGUCAGAGAAGAACCAGAACCACGUGAUUUAUCAGACAGGAGCUAUGAAUUUCAGUAUGUUAAACCAGAUUUAAUAACACCCGAGUUGAAGUCUCAAAAUACUAGUGACCUUACAAAGAAAAAGAAGUUUAAGAAGUCGACAGACGAUUUCGACAAAAAAUUGAAAGAACUGCAAGAGUCAGACGCAAAGAAAAUAGAGCCGUUGGAUAGCCCAAAACCGACUCCAGAUGCUCCAACUCCGUUGCAAGAAAAUAAAGAAGUAGCGACUGAUGCCGUGACCUUGACGGUACAAAACUUGGAAAUCACUAACGAGGAACUUAACAAGUAUCGACAACAAAUUAUAAACCUACCGGCAGUAGAAGUACAACCCCCCGUAACAGAGAUGUCAGAAAAUAAAGUUUCAGAGAGGAAUAAAGGAAAGCCAAAGAAGAAACAAAGAGAAGAAAAGAAGAAACAGAGAGAAGACGUUGAUGAGAAAGUAAGUCGGUUAGAAAGGAGGGUGCUGAAAAAUUGGGACCAGGACAGUGUUACUUUAUACUCGCAGUCUUCUGAAUCCUUAUGUUUAACGGACACAAAAGAAAUUGAUUUUGAAGAAAUGAUGAAACAAGAUUUUGACUUGGAGAGGAGCGUGAGUAUAAGAAUAGAUCGGCCGAAAGAAGUUGUUGACGAGGAGGAAAAUGAGACGGAAAUCUCGGUUGCUUAUAAAAGUGAUCAAUCAGAACUUCCUAGAGAAAAGGAGGCAACAUCGCAAUUAGAUGCUGACGAGACUGUAGAGGACUCAAAGACGGAGGAAAGUAAAAACAUGAUAGAAGUCAGUCCUGAUCAGCCUACCAAAGUGAACUCUGAGCAGGAAGAUGUUUCUGAUAUUGACUACAUGAAUGUAAUGAGACUGGACUUCUUGGGUGCUGACACAAUGGAGAAUGAUAACAAACUUAACGUAUAUUCCUCGGGUAGUUCCCAUGUCACUGAUAGAUCUGAAGCCUCUGGUGUGGAGGAGAUAGACUCAUUAGAAGAGAGACUUCUUAUCGGCCUUAAAAGCGGCGAAGUCUUUGACCACAAAGGGUUCUUAAAACGAAAUAUUUCGGGGGCAAAAGAUGGAAAAACGUUUACAGUAGAACCUUACGUCAAACCUACACCACCACCUAUGACAAAUCUAAAGAAACCUCUUCAAUACGAGAGCGUCCUGAUCGAAGUGCCGCUCAACACAAAAAGUCUAGAAGAAGAGGGAGCUUGGGAGAGGUUUAAGCAGAGAGUCAAAGACAUGAUCUGGUCUGAUAUGGAAGAAGGUUCUAGACAGCCAAAGUGCAUUAGAAUGGUCCGGUACCGCGAGAAUGAAGAGGAUGAGUUAGAUCUGGAACCUCCAACUCAUACUUAUGUCGAAUCAAUCGGAGGAGAAGAGUAUGAAUUUGAUUCUGAUGCAAGUGAUUCGUUAGACGAACUUGACAUUAAGUUGUUCCACUUUGAUAAGAUCCUACAGCAGAACUGGGCAAAAGGAUCACGUUUAAACUCGAACAAGUGGAUAAAAAGAAUAGCCGAAGAUGAACUUGAGAACACAAGGGAAAGUCCAGAUUUCAUGACGAAGCGAUUGGAAAACCGAGGUGUAAUAAACCCUCCAAUCUACUCACAUAUUUUGGAAGAGGACAUUGCUUCCCCUCUUGACUCAGUGGACAACAUGAUUCUGUCUGUGGAUAGAAACCUUAAAGUGAAGUGGUAUGCAGAACAAUUGAUUGCUGAUGAGAGUGGAAUGCACAAGGAAGAGUUAACGGAUGGGCUGGUUUCUUUGUUGAGAAAAACUGGUCAGAAUGAUAUGAACAUUUCGCGAAUCGUAUCUUCUAAAGGGAGAUUGAGACAAUAUUUAGAAAAGGAAUUGGAUUCUCCUCUUCUAGAAAAAGAUAUUCGGAAAAUUGAAUUCUUAUUGGGGGAUACUCAAAGGGAGCCUGAAAAAUCGUGGAAGAAACUUGAAAAGUUGCAAAAAACGGGCGAAAAAGGUGAAACCUAA